AUGGAAGGUGCCGAGGAUGCCAUCAUGGGGGAGGAUAAUAAUUCACACUCCCUGCCAAUGAUUGGGCCCCAUGUUGCGCUUGAACAAACGCACGUUGAACACACAACUCGCCCUGUACUGGCGUCCUCAGCGGAGAAUGAAAUGAACUUUGACUCGACAAUUUCUCAUCCUGACUUGGAAACUCUACCUCGUCGCCAUUCUAAUUCCCCACUCCCUAGUUUGAAACUUGCUACGACAGUCAAUCCUGCAGGCUUGACUUUUCAAGAUCCACCUCAACAGUUGUUGACUAUAGCAAAUCCACCUCCUCACCAUAACAAUCGUUUGCUGCUGUCAGUUACACAAGAAGACAAACGGUACAAUUUGUCAAUUCCUUCCCGUGAAGAAUCAGCCAGUGAUAGCAUGGAAGACCCGACCUCAGAUUGGUCUGAAGAUCAUCAGCCUUCGGGGCCUCAUAAAGCACUCGCGAACAAACCAACUGGUCUUUGCUACGAUGUUCAGAUGCGAUUCCAUUGCGAGCUGCGACCUUCCUCUGACGCCCACCCCGAGGAUCCUCGUCGUAUUGCCUCCAUCUACGAUGCUCUUUGCAAGGCAGGCUUAGUCAAAGACAGUUCUGUACCAGAGCAGUAUUUGGCUUCUGUGCAACUUGUCGACAUUCCUGUUCGUAAAGCUACCGAGAAGGAAAUCAUCAAAAUCCAUGACAAAGCUCAUUUUGAUUUCGUGAAAGAUACCCCAAAUAUGUCCGAAAGCGAGCUUCUUCGGCUGGAACGAGAUCGGGAUUCGAUUUAUUUCAAUCGAUUCACUUAUCAAUCUGCUCUCCUGUCAGCUGGAGGUGCAAUCGAGACAUGCUUGGCCGUUGCUCGUGGUACUGUUAAAAAUGCCAUUGCUGUCAUCCGUCCGCCUGGCCACCAUGCAGAGCAUGACACUGCCAUGGGAUUUUGCAUCUUUAAUAACGUUUGCAUCGCUGCUCGUGCCUGCCAGGCUGAACUUGGAGACAAGUGUCGCAAGAUUCUGAUUUUGGAUUGGGAUGUCCAUCAUGGAAAUGGAAUCCAGAAGGCGUUUUACGAUGACCCGAAUGUUCUAUAUAUCUCCCUCCACGUCUACAAAAACGCAACAUUCUAUCCGAGCGAUCCUAUUGCAGAUAUGGAUCACUGUGGCGAGGGACCUGGAGUUGGAAGGAAUGUUAACAUCCCUUGGCCUGAUCAGGGAAUGGGUGAUGGAGAUUACAUGCUGGCUUUCCAGAGAGUCGUAAUGCCCAUUGCAAUGGAAUUCAACCCGGAUCUGGUUAUCGUUGCGGCCGGAUUUGAUGCUGCAGCAGGUGAUCUUCUGGGUGGCUGUCACGUCAACCCUCCCUGCUACGCCCACAUGACAAACAUGCUAAUGUCUCUGGCCAACGGAAAAGUUGCAGUGUGCCUCGAGGGAGGCUACAAUCUAAAGUCCAUCGAAAAGGCUGCAUUGUCAGUCACAAAGGCAUUGAUGGGUGACCCGCCGGACCGCUUGCGGACCACUAAGCCUACCGAUGCUGCGGUGACCACAAUAAACCGGGUCAUGGCAGCCCAAGCUCCGUAUUGGCAGUGCAUGUAUCCAAAGAGGUCAGACCCGCCUCCCUGGGCUGAUCGCCUCCAUGAUGUCAUUCGCCAGGCUCAGUCUAAGAGCCUGUUCAACAAGUUUAAACUUAUUCCACUGCCUAUCUACCGCGAGGAUAUUUCCACGUCGUUCAGCAACCAAGUCCUCGCGAGUCCCAACUACCGUGACGCUGUGCCAAUUGUUGUCAUCUUCCAUGAUCCGCCCGAGAUCAUGGGGAUUCCUGACCCGGCAAACAACAAACUGGAAGCGCAUAACUGCUGGGUUGCUGAUCCCAUCAGCGAUUACAUUGGGUGGAUUGUGGGUAAGGGAUACGCCGUGAUCGAUGUCAAUAUUCCCAAGCAUAUCACCCGUGAAAGAUCUGCCAGCAAAUACAUGAGUGAGGACGAAGACCGACCCACUUCAACUGAAUUGCUCGCUAGUUAUUUGUGGGACAACUAUAUCGAAUCCAUGGACACACCGGAGAUAUUCUUCGUAGGAGUCGGAAAUUCCUUUUAUGGAGUUGCGAAUCUGUUGAUCAACAGAGAUAAUCUGUAUAAGCGUAUUAACGGCGUCGUCUCAUUCGUUGCCGAAAACCCCGUUCGUGCAAUUGCGUCCCCCACCCAGACCUGGUUGUCGAAGUGGUAUCGUGAGAACUCUCUCAUUUUUGUUUCUCACGAGCAUGGAAUUUGGCACCAGGACCGGAAGGCACCCUCAAAACGCUAUGGUUUGCUUCGACAGUCACCACAGGCUCUCCUCGGCAGCAUGUUGAAAGAGCACAAGGAGGAGGUUUUUGCGUGGAUUUCUGAGCGUGCGGAUCCCGAUGAGGAUGGCUCUGGAGAUGAAGACAUGGAGGGUUAA